AUGGACUUCCGUCAGGACCUGAAAUUUGAUCCAGGAACCGCGAGGCUGGCGCAUGCUCAAGCAACAGUGCCGCUGGGCUGCAGCGUGUCUUGGAUGAUGUUAGCCACCACCAGAUUUGACGUCACCGUGGGGCUGAUUGGUGUCAAGGGAUGCAUUGGUGACGUAUCAUACCGUUGUCAGACAGUUUUUGCGAGCACUUGCCACAGCCAACUAACGGAGUUCCACCUCGUGACCGUCUUGUCUAGCAACUAG